GCACAAGCGCACAAGGAGGCGUCUACGUUAUUAUAUCUAAGAGCAGCGGCACUUACGGCCGCUUCCGGAGCCUCCGAUCCACAGGUUUCGGCAGCGCCGCGAAGUUUUACCUUUACUAUCCGUGCGCGGGAAAUGCAGGUAGCGGCGCGGCAGCCUCGCGCUGAUCCGCGAGUGAUGAAGGGGCAACUGGGAGACCAGUAGGCGCCGAUCCAGGGGUUGGUUCUGCUUAUUUUCUUUUCCGAGUUUAGUACCACGGACUAACUGCGAUAACCGUGACCGCGAUUCAGGGAAACGGCCGUGCUCCUGUUUUAUAAUGUGACGUUUGAUAUUGUUUUAGCUUUGGCUCAUCCAGUCGGUACUGGCAAUGCGCCACUGCCCGCAUCAGUUUUAUCAGCCUGGGCUGGUUUCCGAAAUGAAGCAGGGAAUCCAAGGCAACGGUGAACGGAGAUGUUGUUAAAAUGACGUGCGGUAACUGCUGCUAGCCAGUUAGCUUCGUGCUGAGGGGCGAUGAGCGGCCGCCCGGCGCCGCCGCCGGAACACGACACGCUCCUAUCGGACUACGCGCCCGAAAUGUAGCCGGACACAAAAGCAAAACUUUGCAAUCGGGCCGAAAACAGACCGAGGCGAAGGCUGAGAGGGGAAGGCGGCGGCGCUCGGCCCGCUGCUCCGGUGACAUGUCGCUGCCGUCUCCGGUACAGAUCAAGGAGGCGAACGCUCACCUCGCCGCGGUGCACAGGCGGGUGGCCGAGCUGGAGCGACGGCUGGGCUCCGCAGAGAAGACGGUGCGGGAGCAGGCGGAGAGUCUCAUCCGAAAAGACGAGCAGCUCCGGGCCGCCACGCAGGAGAUCGCCGAAGCCAAGGAUGGGGAAAUUGCAUACCUGCAUGAAAAGCUGUGCAAAUCAGAGGAAAUCAUCCAGAAGUUUCAGAACAUGGUGAAAGAGAAGGACUCCUUGAUCGGCCAACUCCGGCACCGCUGUCAGCUCCUGGACAACAUCUGCAAGAGCCGGCCGCUGCUGGACAGCGUGCUGUCGCAGAUGGCCGAGGCGGAGCGCCUGGGUCCCAUCUUCCAGGGGGGUGAGCCCAGCUUAUCCCUCACCGACGGCGACUCAAACUGCAGCCCUGAGCGCGUUAUCAACCACAGGGACUUCUCCCUCACAGAGGAUGACAUGGAUGACCAGGACCUGGAGGAGAAUAUCUUUGGAACCACUGUAUAAUACAAAUGGAAGAAAAACUAAAGUUAACAGAGUUGAGGUUUUAAGUGAAAGCUUUAGAGCCGUUUCUUUAAAGUCUGUAGAUGCUUUUGUGUUCUGCUUUAUUUGAUUAGACAUUUAUGCAAGGCAGGGGUCUACAGAAACAUAAUGAUAGGUGACAGAAAGGUGGGCAUGUGCUGAACCAGAACAACGAUUCACCCACAAUAUUGAUUAAAAAAUGAAGCUUCUGUCAAACUUGCAGGAGACUUUCGUAAUCAAAUGUGUAUUCAUUUUACAUAACGUGAGAGCUACAUGUGAUGUUUCUCAAAGAUACAGUUUAUAUUAAAGCAAAGAUUGAAUCGUAACUACAAGACAAAGUAAUCAGAAGUCAUGUACUUUUUAAAAUUCAAAAUGUGAGAGUCUAACUGCAGAUAUAAAAAGGUAGUGACUUGCAGGAUCUUGAGGGCCUGUAUAUUAGGUGCAGUAUGGCCUGUGUUCUAACAUCACAGUUAAAUUAUACUGCUAACUAAGAAGAUUGGUGAUGAAUGCAAUAGGUCAUAUUUUAUUUUCAGAUGGUGAACUUCUUUCAGGUUAGUAAGUUUUCCUCUAAAUAGAGGUAGAUUUUGCAGGUCUGUAUUAAGUUUUCCAAGUAUCUUCUUCAUAGAGAUUCAUUGGGAAAACUGAACUCAAGGCCAUUAUUUUGGUUUUGUUACAGUAUAAUUUGGGUCAAAGUCAUUCGUAAGUGGUCAGCAAACUUAAUUGGUUAAAUAAGUGUACUGCUUGUUUUAUAGCUUUUUUUUUUUUUUAAAUGAUUUUAUGUAUCACCGAAACUAGGAAUUUACUCUCUACCAGUCAUUUAAUAAUGAACUUGAUGUGUAAUCAAUUGGAUUGCAAUGUUGUGGACACAGUGGCCAAGAAGUUCAGCUAAAAUAUAUUUUAUCUGUAAGUAGGAUUUUAAGAGAAUAGUGAAGGUAUUCAAGUGACAUUUGUGCAGUUUUAAAACCUUCACACACAAACCAUACAGUACAGUCUUGGAUGUUUGUUCUGCAAGGACGUAAAUAUUACUUCAUAAUGUGAGCCAGUAGAUCCCUAAAUAUUGUCCUGUUUUCUAGAAUCAUAAAGGAACAUUGGUUUGCACGUCCUUUGAUUUCUUUCAUGUUUUUGUAAAAUGUGUUAAAUUUGCAACUGUGAAGCUGUGGACCAAGCCCUUGUGCACCCACAAGCAAUAUUAACUCGGUCUCAGAUGCACACAAAGCCCGGUGCGUGUGUGAAUGUCCGUCACUCUCAUGUGGGCCCGGUGCGCGUGUGAAUGUCCGUCACUCUCGUGCGGGCCCGGUGCGCGUGUGAAUGUCCGUCACUCUCCUGUGGGCCCGGUGCGCGUGUGAAUGUCCGUCACUCUCAUGUGGGCCCGGUGCGCGUGUGAAUGUCCGUCACUCUCAUAUGGGCCCGGUGCGCGUGUGAAUGUCCGUCACUCUCCUGCGGGCCCGGUGCGCGUGUGAAUGUCCGUCACUCUCGUGCGGGCCCGGUGCGCGUGUGAAUGUCCGUCACUCUCGUGCGGGCCCGGUGCGCGUGUGAAUGUCCGUCACUCUCGUGCGGGCCCGGUUCGCGUGUGAAUGUCCGUCACUCUCGUGCGGGCCCGGUGCGCGUGUGAAUGUCCGUCACUCUCGUGCGGGCCCGGUGCGCGUGUGAAUGUCCGUCACUCUCGUGCGGGCCCGGUGCGCGUGUGAAUGUCCGUCACUCUCGUGCGGGCCCGGUGCGCGUGUGAAUGUCCGUCACUCUCGUGCGGGCCCGGUGCGCGUGUGAAUGUCCGUCACUCUCGUGCGGGCCCGGUGCGCGUGUGAAUGUCCGUCACUCUCGUGCGGGCCCGGUGCGCGUGUGAAUGUCCGUCACUCUCGUGCGGGCCCGGUGCGCGUGUGAAUGUCCGUCACUCUCCUGUGGGCCCGGUGCGCGUGUGAAUGUCCGUCACUCUCAUGUGGGCCCGGUGCGCGUGUGAAUGUCCGUCACUCUCAUAUGGGCCCGGUGCGCGUGUGAAUGUCCGUCACUCUCCUGCGGGCCCGGUGCGCGUGUGAAUGUCCGUCACUCUCGUGCGGGCCCGGUGCGCGUGUGAAUGUCCGUCACUCUCCUGCGGGCCCGGUGCGCGUGUGAAUGUCCGUCACUCUCGUGCGGGCCCGGUGCGCGUGUGAAUGUCCGUCACUCUCGUGCGGGCCCGGUUCGCGUGUGAAUGUCCGUCACUCUCGUGCGGGCCCGGUGCGCGUGUGAAUGUCCGUCACUCUCGUGCGGGCCCGGUGCGCGUGUGAAUGUCCGUCACUCUCGUGCGGGCCCGGUGCGCGUGUGAAUGUCCGUCACUCUCGUGCGGGCCCGGUGCGCGUGUGAAUGUCCGUCACUCUCAUAUGGGCCCGGUGCGCGUGUGAAUGUCCGUCACUCUCCUGUGGGCCCGGUGCGCGUGUGAAUGUCCGUCACUCUCAUAUGGGCCCGGUGCGCGUGUGAAUGUCCGUCACUCUCAUAUGGGCCCGGUGCGCGUGUGAAUGUCCGUCACUCUCAUAUGGGCCCGGUGCGCGUGUGAAUGUCCGUCACUCUCAUGUGGGCUUGCCUUAGCUGAUGACGUUGCUUCGGUAAAGCACAGCCUAUGCAAAGCUGGUCCUGUGUCCUAAUCUGGUAGAGAAAAAGUGACACUUCAACAUGCCUCCUAUUUUUCUAAAACAUAGUCAAGAACCAAACUCCGUUAUUUGGUUUACCUAGUACCAGUUUCUUGAUGCGUUGGACAGCUACCUUGUUCUAACGCUUCUCUGGUGAUCCAUAAAGUCAGUCAUUUAUUUAUGGUUAAACUGGGAAUUUCUUUGCAGGAGAGUGGGCUCCUGAACGUCUGGCUCGUGCCCUUACAUAAUCUUGUACUUGAGAAUGAGAUGCUAAAUGCAGUUCUUCAUUGUUAAAUAGUGUAUAAAGCACAUUAUUCAGGUGUUUUCUGACUGCCCCCCAUCCAUCACUUCUGAAGGAGGACACAGUGGGGGCUUAUCACUGGAAUACUUUUAUCCCAGUUUACUAUAUAAUCAUUCCAAAGGGCACUUUGUUGCGUCCCCACUACUUCCUAUGCAAGUAUUAGCUUCAAGGACUAAUGUAGCCAUUACACGGCCAGGCAAACCUUCUGCUAUCCAGCUGUAAUCCAGGAACAGUCCAUCGCAUCUUUCCAAAAAAAUACCUUAUUGUACAAAUACCGGGACUAAAGUUGCUUUUGAAAUUCAUUACUGAAAUUGACACUUUUUACAACACCAAAGACUGAGCAAAUUGAAAAAGAAUGCUGAUUUUCUUAGAAUUAUUGUAAGAGAUGUUUUCUUAUUAGUCUUGCCUUAUAUAAGUAGCUGGGAAGUGAAGUGAUGGAUUACACUCGGGAAAUAAGCGCCGUCCAAUGGUUACAGAAGCACUUGAACACACUUAAAGACUCAUUACUCAAAACAAGCCACUUAAUUGCCAUUUGCUUGCCUUAAUUCAGUCAGUGAUGCUACACAGACUCUCACAAGGUUACAAAGAGAGGAAGUUGAACGUAAAAGGCUUUAGCUAGUUUUGGGAAGAGUUUCCUUAGAUUUUUCCCCCUUGCUCCUGGUUGCUUCAGAAGUAAUUGGCUCAUGCAGCCCCUGGUGGGGGAGGCAAGGGGGAGGGAACAGAGAGAUGCUGAAAAGUAUUGCUUUGACUGCCGACUGAAGUCCCAGGAACCCUCAAAGGGAUUUUGUGUAUCUUUCACUUAACUGAAACAAGGCUGUUAACUUUUUUACAUUCCAGUUUAUAUAUUAAAUGAAACCCUGCUGCUGAAACACUGUUGGAUGAUCUCUAAAGGUGGCAGAGGUAUGAGAUGAGGCUUAAACUGAUAAUGAAAUACUGGCUUUAAUAAAAAUGUUGCAGUGCUGUCAUCA